AUGUUUAGUCCCAAAGAUACUGUAAAAGUUAAUCCACUUCCCUUCGACGAGAUUCGCGGCAAGCUUUAUGUUCUUCGAGAAGAUCUGGAUUUUGACUGGGAGCCUAGCAGCAAUGCUGUUUUAAAGCUGUUGUUUUCCCUAAGACUCUCUGCAGCGUUGUGGAGUAACAUCAGUGAUUGUGAUGAGGUCUAUAAUUAUUGGGAACCGCUGCAUCUUUUACUUUUUGGUGAAGGAUUACAAACCUGGGAAUACUCUCCUCUCUAUGCAAUACGGUCUUAUCUGUACAUCUACCUUCAUUAUAUCCCAGCAAACGUUUUAUACCAUUUGCUACCGUAUUCUAAGAUUGCACUGUUUGUCACUCUACGGUGUUGCAUUGGAAUAUUCACCCUCAUGGGAGAGUUUUUGCUUUACAAAGCAGUAUGUAGGCGUCUGAGUAUAAGCAUCGGCCUUUUCUUUGUUUUAUUCUCGAUGCUCUCCACUGGCAUGUUCAUAUCAAGUACCGCUUUUCUUCCGUCUUCUUUUGCGAUGGCUAUGAAUAUGUAUGCUAUGGCUGCUUUUUUGAACGAAAAAUGGUUCUACGCCAUACUGUGCACAGCCAUUUCCGCCCUUGUCGGUUGGCCAUUCGCAGCUGUCUUAGGACUACCCAUUGUGGUGGACAUGUUGAUUUUUAGGCCUAAGUUGAAAAUGUUUUGGUACUACUCUGCGGUUUCUGGAAUCGUUGUUGGCGGUUCUUUGCUGAGCGUCGAUUCUUAUUACUAUGGCAAGCGUGUUCUGUUUCGUUUUGUACUUCCGCUAUUUUGA